AAAAGUUCCUAUAUAAAAUGGAAAAGUAUGUAACCUUUUGUGCUGAAAACUGUGGCCACGAAGCCAUAUACUAUGUUGAAGAGACCCAAAGUUAUUAUUGUAUGCACCACUUUGAUCUAAAUUAUCAAACUGAGGAUGGAAUACCCUUGACAUGUCCAGAUGCAGUCAAAACUAAGGUGAGACGCCUUGAAAAAGGAUUAGAAAUGUUCUUAAAAUUUGCUGAAGAGAAACAAAAAUCAGAGACUGAUAGAGAAGAAAAUCGGAAUGUUCAUACUAGGCUAACCCAAGCAGUGGAAGAGCUUAAGUACAAGAUCGAACAAGCUGAAGAGGAUAAUAUGAUGUACAGAUUCACUGAUCUCAACAAAGAAGCAUCAUUAAUGAAGAAAAUGAUAGAAGAUGAGCUUGGCUUAAAUGAUUUUAGCAAAGAUUGUUUUUGGAAACUUGCUAAAGAGGAUGAUACCGUCCCUGCAGCAGCCAGUAGUUCAACAAAGAAGGCAGACGGCCUUGCCCUGGAGCAAGAACUUAAAACGGAAGAGGCUGAGAUUGGUCGCCUAGAGGAGGAAGUCAAGGAGCUUAAGAUUAGUAAAUCCCCCAUCCCACACACUGCCCAAUCCCCAGCUACCUCUCCAACUCCACCGGCACCCCAAGAAUCUCCCCUCAAACUCGAGAUGGCCAGAAGUUCUAUAUUCCGAAGAUGUAUGGAGUACAUGGCAUCUCUGCCCGAGUUCACUUUUAAUUUAAAAAUGAAGUUUGAUAGGAAGAUGCUUAAGCUAGUUGAUAAGGAGUCUUUGAGGCAUUUGCAGGGGGUCUGCCUGUUGCAGUUUGAUAAGAUUGAUGCGGCCACCUUCCAAACCUUCAUUUCCCUUCUUCCUUCUCCAAUCGAGCGUCUCCGCUUAUCAGGUUCCUUCCCAUACCCUUCAAUAUCUCCUUACAUUCCUUCAAUCCUGUCUCUCAGUACAAGUCUGACUCACACUCUUGAAUUUGACUGUAUUGCAAUCACGAAAGAAGAGAAAAAGAAGAUAAAGAAGGCAUUUAAGGGCCUAAACGUAGGUGUUGAAUAUUGUAAGUGGACUUAGUGACUGGUGUAGGGAAAUGUGAGUAGAAGAGAUAAUGUUUUAGGGAAAGUUAAGGUUUUGAGUUAGGAGAAAUGGAAAGUGGUGG